AGGAGUAAUGAAACGGGGAGAGGGGCAAUUUCCGCAGCUCAUUGGUGCGACCGCAAAAGACUAGCGCUCGGAGAGGACAGACACAAACUUUCGGACAGAGGACCAAAACGUCAGUUAUCUGUUUUCACAAGCAUUCGUAGCCUUGUAUUCCGUUUUUCUGUUUUUGUUUUUUUUAUUUUUUUUGUCCAGCAACUAAACCAUAUUUUUUGUCGCAGUUCGUUGGAAGUGAUUUAGUGGGCAAUGGUGAAGAAGGACAAAUUUUGCGGAAUUCGCGUCUUUACCUGUGUUUUCCUCCUAAACUUCAUUUCGGAUAGGGAGCACUGAGUUGAAUCCCAUUUGCACCACAAAGUGAAGUAACCAGAGGGGCCUCCACUGCCCUGCACCACUGGAGACUUCAGUAAUGUCGGGGCCAACACACCACAACCGGCCCCCUCACUUCUGACCCAACAUGGAGCUCAAGGUCUGGGUGGAUGGAGUCCAGAGGGUCGUCUGCGGGGUCACUGAGGCAACCACCUGCCAGGAAGUGGUGAUUGCUCUGGCCCAGGCCAUAGGUCGCACUGGGAGAUACACUCUUGUAGAAAAAUGGCGCGACACCGAGCGCCACCUAGCCCCUCAUGAGAGUCCUGUGGCUUCUUUGAACACCUGGGGCCAGUAUGCUGGUGACGUACAGCUGAUCCUGCAUCGCACAGGCCCCUCCCUGACUGAACGACCCCCCUCAGAAGGACCCCCUCUCAGAGGACCUGAACGCGGGCUGCAUCGCCAAAGCCUCCCUCCCCUCGCAAAGCUUCGUCACCCCAACGAUCGCUCCCUCCGCCGCCGUGAACCGCGCCGUAAGUCUCUCACGUUCACCGGUGCACCCAGAGGCCUUAGGGAAAUACUGAACGGGGGCCGGAUUGGGGAGGCUGAGGCUAAACGAAGACUUCUCCUGGCAAACGGUGGGACUCACCACCAUGGAGGACCAGCCAUUGGGUCUGCGUCUCCUGGCCUGUGGGCCUGUCGCAUGGAAGAUCUGGUCAGGCUGGUCAGCUUGCAGAGAGAGACUCUCAACGUGCUGGAGAAGAAGCUGGAAGCCUAUGAGGCUGAGCUUCAGGCCUGGGCUGAUGGGCGAGGGGGGCGGUGUGGAGGGUGUACCGGGGACCCAGGUGCAGGAGGGGGGCUGAUAGAUGAGAUCCUGAGGCUGGAGAAGCAUCUGAGGAAGAAUGAGGUGGAGAUGGAGGAGGAGGAGUUUUGGGCCACUGAGCUGCAGAUUGAGUUAGAAAGUGAGAGACAGCUGGAAGAAAGACUACAGGAGCUACGAGGACGCCUGCAGGGCUGUGAACUGGAGAUUGAAGAAAAGCUUGCAAUGGUACAGGGUGUUGAGGCAGGUCUGGAAGAGGAGCGGCUGCAUAGGGAGCGGCAGGAGACCCAGUGGGUCAGUGAGGCGGAGGCUCGGGCUCAGGUGCUCAGGGUUAAAGCAGAGCUGAAAGCCCAGGAGAGACAGGCUGUCCAACUGGAGAGCAGCUGCAGAGCUGUGGACAGGUCACUUGGACAAAGCAGCAAAAAACUGCAGGACAUGCAGCACGAGCUGGAGCAGCUGACCAAGGAGCUGAGGCAAGUUAACCUGCAGCAGUUCAUCAAGCAGACAGGCACCAAAGUCACAGUGCUGCCAGCUGAACCCACUGAGGACGAAAGUAGCCACAGCAGUCGUGGUAUAGAUUUAGUUCCCCUCUCUGGCUCAUUGAAGCGCCCUGUGUCGUCCCACGCAAUGUCCAGUCACCUCCGGGUUCUCCACAGCCCUCUCAGUUCUGGCCUGAACCCAGAGGGGAUCUAUGUGUGAGACAGUUCUGAAUGGAAGGAACGCACCUGGUGUCCCCUCCAGAGCCCAUUUCACCCCAGAACCCAUUUAUAUGUGGAUGUCUUAGUACAGGAUACCUCAGUUGCACACUACUAUGCACUGUUGUUUAAAUUACCUGGAGGCAGCCCUUGAGUGUGAAGACUCAAAUAGUGAAGGAACGAUGUUGAUCUUAAAAUGGAAGUCAUGGAGCACUUGGUGGUAAUGAAAGAUAGUUAGUAGUUAUGGCAUGAAGAGAAAACAGCAGUACAGUCUGAACAUGUCAGGACUUUCUAAACAUCAGGCUGGUGUGGACUUCUUUCAUAAACAUAUCCACUUAAUGUACUUUUACUCUCACUUUAGUACCUGCUGAAUGUUUUGUAUUGUUUCUCACAAGCAUCAUGAUUCAAAUCUAUUGCCUUUUGAACAGUAUUCUUGAGAAUCUUGGUAUGUGAAUCUAUGAACUUUAUGUCUUUGUCUUUUCUGCAGUGAAUGCAUUUUACCUGGCAUAAUGACUGGUUCUUAUAUAAGUAAUGAAGGAUCCAAUUGUGUCUGUAGUAAAACUAUGUCUAGAAUCAUUUUGCAUAUCAGAAUCUAUUCCUGUAGCUCUGACUGUCUGUUCAAGUUAAAUCUAUGCACAAAAGGUUAAUAGUUUUGUUACUGAAGAAUGUUACUGUCUCUACCAAAAUGAUGGCUUACUGUAAAUGUUUUCUUACUUUUCAGCUUAUUUAGUGAAUUGUUAUAUUUUAUUACAAAGCGGUGCGUUCACAGUUACAAAAAUGCAGUGCCCUCAUUGCCGCAGUAAGAUCUGCAAGAUGAAACAGUGUUAAUUAGCCUCUUAAGCUGUUUUUUUUUUUCAUUGUUAAAUGACCACAAAGAAUAUUUUUGCCAAAUGUAUUAUGCUUGUUUUUCUGUAAUGGGUGGCCAAAGAUUAGCAGGUCUUGUUGCAUGAUUGUGAUGUGAAUAUAGCCAUAUGAGGAUGUGCAGAGCACCCACAGUACAGUAAAUCAGUGAGUUCAGCCUAAAAAUGGUGGCAUGUAAUCAUACAAUGGAUAGCUAUAGCUACAAUGUGUAUGUAUCUGUGUGUGUGAGUGAGUGAGAUUAGAGAAACAUGUAUGUAUGUGUGUCUGUGUGUGUGGUUGCAUAGUCAGAAUAGCCAAGAUAUGAAGCCCCUCUUAGGUUGUAGUUCAGCUGCUAAAUACAUCAAAGUGCCUUAUAUUCAUUCCACAGUUGGUGUAUUGAAGUAAUAUACAGUAGAGCUUUAGCAGAGACAUUGAAGCAAUGAUCAUAGUCAGUUUAGUUAGAAUGUCAGUAAUGUAUUAGUGCCACAUUGCUGCACAGAGAGAAAUGGCAAUAGAGCAACGACAAAAAGGAAACUAUAAUUAUCUUUUUAUCUGUCAGUAUUUUGUAGAAAUGUCAGUGGAAAGAACAUUCCCGAGUGUGCUUUCCACUUUGCUACUGUAUUAUUGUCACCAUGAUGCUAUGUGUUGUAAAAUGCAUUCACGUUUAAUCUGAUUUACUCAUCAUGCAUCACAUACUGUAUACUGUAGUUUGGGUCAGCACUGUCAGCCAAGAAUAAAUAGCUGAUACUGAGGGGAAGUCCACCCUGUAACAUUCAGCGUCUACAACAACACACAAACACAUCAUCACUACUGCUUUUCAGUUUAAGGAAAGACCUGUUUUAAAAUUUUUAGGUUUAAAUUAAUCUGUGAUCGUCUACAUAGUGAGGUGGAUUUUCCCUUUAAGAAACCACUUGUGUGCAUUUUUCCACCCUGGGGUGAGACAUAGCUGUUGUCGCUGUUUACAGACUGUUCAUGUUCUAGAGAACUCUUAAGAUGUUGACUGUACAUAACCUGUUGUUAUUUUUUCCUGCCUUAAUAUACUGCAAAGUGUUGACAGAUGUACGGCUGUAUCUGGCUGCUGAUAUGAUUUGGAUUGCAUGAUUCAAUAAACCAUCUGACAAAGUUAAAUGUGUCAUAGAUGUGUGACAACUGCAGCUCAUGGUAACUGUAAGCAUUCAGCUGUGGAUGUAAAUAAGAAAGAAUUUGUACUGUAUUGUACAGCAUGGGUUCUAAAGGUUUUCCGAGCUUUUCACCAGUAGAUGGCGACAUUUACUCAGUAAUGGCAGAAGUAUGGGCACAACAUGGCUGGGAGAGAAUGAAGGGAAAACCAUUUAUUUUCCCACAGAAGGAUAAAGUGAUAAAUAAUCAGUGUAUAAAAUGCAUAUUCACGCAGUUAAUUAACGUUACUUCGUAUAAGGUUUGUAAGGGGAUGACCAAAAAAACACUAGAUGAAGCUUUCAGAUUUGCUCUCUGGUGAGUAAAAAUCCUGAAAGAACCUUACUGAACUUUGACAUGAGAAAGGAAAAGUAAAGUUUAAACAACUGUUGGUGGUAAACAGGGGUCUUGAUCCAUGACUACACUGUGAUAGAGCUGCACCUGAAGGCAACAUUCAUACUCUUCCCAAACCUUGAAAGGCACAAUUUGGUACUAAUUGGACUUACACAAGAUUACUAGAAAGCAUAAAAUCAGGAGUGAUGUAAUUAUUCAUAAAGAUCGAAAUAAUAUUGCAGUAAGCCUGCUAAUGGCAACAACAAAGACUGGACUUGAUCCUGCUUAAAGCUUUUGACCAGUUGGGAGGAGGCCCCUUGUUUUUCAUCAGCCUGUACUGACUGAGGGUAAUCUCACUUCAUCAUCCUUUUAUCACAUGACAUUUGUUUAAAGCCUUGGCUUACUGUACAUUCCUCCACUGUGACCUGUCAGCUGAUUAAGUGUUAGUACUGUAACAAUACAUCUAUCUACUCGACUUCCAGGAUUUUUUUCAUGAACUCUGUUAAACUGUAAAACUGUUUCUGAACUAUUUGUCUUUCCCAUGUGUAACUUGCUGUCUUGCAGUGUGUAUUGU